CCUCUUUCCUCUUCCUAAUUGCAUCAGGAUUUAGGAAACCUCUUUUCAUCCACUCGGGAUACAUAAGCACGUACGAGAUGAGUCCACUGUAAUUGCACGAGAAUCAAUCACUGCAAUCUUUCUGUAAUGGCUUCUUCUUCUUCUUCUUCUUCUCCCCUGCUGAUGCUUUCACUGAAUCAACAAACAACAUUCGUAACCCCGGACAAGAACAUCAUCUUCACCAACCCUGCAACAAUCAUCCCGAAAACCACCCCUGUCGGUUCCUCCCAUGGAUGGCUCAUCCUCCUCUCCCACCAAACCUCCCAAGUCUCCCUUCUCAACCCCUCCGACCGAUCCCGAAUCCCUCUCCCCGACACAUCCUCCUUCCCUCUUCUCUCCAUCCGAAAAGCCGUCCUGUCCGCAAAUCCCAGCACCAACAAAGACUUCGUCGUCUUCGUUCUGCACGGCGAGAAUCCGCGAAUUGCGUGCUGCAGGAACGGGGACAAGCAGUGGAGGAAAAUCCGGGGCGGGCCCUACUACGACGUUUCUUGCUCGACGGGUUCCGUGUUCGCCUUGGGGGCCAAGGCAUCCGUCCAGCGAUGGGAUUCGUCUAGUUUGAGGAAAAGGGGAAUCCUCCGGCCCUCGUACCCCACAGGGCUACUCCAAGCCAGGGAGGAAUUCCCUAGGGAUCUCUACGCGACAAAGUGGUACUUGGUUCCCUGUAAAUCCGGGGAGAUGUUUUUUGUUGUGAGGUACAUCGGUGAGUUUGUGACUCGGGACGGGAGAGCCGUGUACGAAGAGGCAAUGCACGAAGGAGACAAGACGAUAGGGACAGUCUGUCCAUACAAAACGAUGGGGUUCCGUGUUUUUCGGAGAGAACUGAGGACAGAAACAUGGGAGGAAGUGAGAUCUUUGGACGGUCGGGUGCUGUUUCUCGGGGGGAAUCACUCGGUUUCCUUGUUGGGAUCGGAGCAUCCAAACUGCAGACCGGGUUGUAUCUACUUCACGGACGAUUAUUGGGAUCGGAUCGACCGGGAGGAUUGCCCCUAUGGAGGCCAUGACAUGGGAGUCUUCUCCUUGAGAGAUGGGAGUUUUCAACAGUUUGUUGAUUUUGAGUUGCAGAAAUUUUCACCACCUCCCAUUUGGAUCCUUCCCUCCUGAAUCUAGUUAAUCUGUUAUUGUUAUCUCAUUGAUUCCAUUUUUUUUAUUUAUAGCAGUUUGUAAUUAAAUCCCCAACCCAUGAAAAAUAGCUUGAACUUAUAUGCAUAGAUCAAUGAGAUAUGUGUGUAAUUGUAAGAGGGCUAUGAUUCAACAUGAGAAUAAAACUGUGUUCUUGAG